CCUGUGGAGUGUGGAGUGUACUGAAGAGAGGAGAAGAGAGGAGCGGAGCGGCAGACUCUACCAUGCCAGUGCAGGGAGGAAGGCUGAAGCGCUGUGUCUCUCUCUGUCUUUGGAGCCGGAGUCCUCUGCUGUUGCUUGGACUGUUCUCUCUUCACACACAAGCACACGGCAACAUAUUGGACAGUAUGCUGCUAAGAGCAUCCAGUAAGGAGGCAGUGGAGAGUGGGAAGGAGACUAGUGGCAGCACAGCUCCUGCUUCGUCCUCCCAAAGACUACUGUGGUGUCACUGCUAUCACCACUGUCCAGAAGAUUCAACCAAUAACACAUGCAGGACUGAUGGUUACUGUUUUACCAUGGUGGAGGAGGAGGGAGGGGUACCGGUCCAGACUGCAGGUUGCCUGGGGCUUGUUGGCUCAGAGUUCCAGUGUAGGGACACAGGGAGCUCACGUCAAAGGAGAUCACUAGAGUGCUGUACAGACCAAGAUUACUGUAACAAAAACCUGCAUCCUACACUGCCACCGCUCAAACCACCUCUCUAUGUAGAUGGAAAGAUCCACCACAUGGCCUUGUUGAUCUCAGUCUCUAUUUGCAGCAUUAUAUUGGCUGUCAUUAUUGUCUUCUGCUACUUCAGGUAUAAGCGUCAGGAGUCUCGUCCUCGGUACAGUAUUGGUCUGGAGCAGGAUGAGACCUACAUUCCCCCUGGAGAAUCUCUGAAGGACCUGAUAGAGCAGUCACAAAGCUCUGGCUCUGGCUCAGGGCUCCCUCUAUUGGUCCAGAGAACGAUAGCCAAGCAGAUUCAGAUGGUGAAGCAGAUCGGCAAGGGGAGGUAUGGAGAGGUGUGGAUGGGCAGGUGGAGGGGAGAACGAGUGGCUGUUAAAGUUUUUUUCACCACUGAGGAGGCCAGUUGGUUCAGAGAGACUGAAAUCUACCAGACCGUCCUAAUGAGACAUGAGAACAUACUGGGUUUUAUAGCUGCAGAUAUUAAAGGAACUGGCUCUUGGACACAACUCUACCUAAUCACCGACUACCAUGAGAAUGGCUCUUUGUAUGACUACCUCAAAUCAACCACUCUGGACAAUAAAGCCAUGCUGCGACUGGCCUAUUCCUCUGUAUCAGGACUCUGUCACCUCCACACAGAGAUCUUCGGCACCCAGGGCAAACCUGCCAUCGCUCACCGGGAUCUGAAGAGUAAGAACAUACUGGUGAAAAGAAAUGGUACAUGCUGUAUAGCUGACCUAGGACUGGCGGUCAAGUUUAUCAGUGACACCAAUGAGGUAGACAUCCCUCCCAACACUAGAGUCGGUACAAAGCGCUACAUGCCUCCAGAGGUUCUGGAUGAGACUCUGAACAGAAGUCAUUUUCAGUCGUACAUCAUGGCCGACAUGUACAGCUUUGGGCUCAUUCUCUGGGAGAUUGCGCGGCGUUGUGUCUCAGGAGGGAUCCUCGAGGAGUACCAAUUGCCGUACCAUGAGUUAGUUCCUACAGACCCUUCAUAUGAAGACAUGAGAGAGGUGGUCUGCAUCAAGAGACUACGGCCAUCUUUUCCUAAUCGAUGGACCAGCGAUGAGUGUUUGAGACAGAUGGGGAAACUGAUGACAGAAUGCUGGGCACACAACCCAGCCUCCCGCCUCACAGCCCUCCGAGUCAAAAAGACACUUGCCAAGAUGUCAGAGUCACAGGAUAUCAAGCUGUGAGCAUCCACUGCCAGGUGUGAGUUUACACACAUAGAAAGGGCACUAACAAUCACACUGGCACUGGUCCAGGCCGCACAAACCUUUUUUUCUGAGAAAAGGAGGUGGGACAGGAAGCAAGAAGAUCACUUUGGAGAUCACAGGAUCAAAAACUUUGAGUCCAGAUGCCCAGAACUCUGCAACCCAAGUCCCCUUUGAAAAAAAAUGAUUACAGGACUAUGGUGGUUUACUAAAACUUAAAUUAACGAAAAACAAUCAGGCCUUGUGUGGCUCUGUUCUGUCCAUCAGAGAAGAUGAGACAAUCUCAUUUCAGACUAGUUUGAGGACUCUAAAACCAGAUAUAGGUUCCUGUUCACAUGAUCCAAAGGCCUUGGAGAAAAAGGUUGAGUUUGACUUGGCACUGUAGCUGCAGAGAUACGCAAACAGGCUACUGACCAGUGAGUGGAAUACUAUAUCACUGCUUUCUGUGAAAGCUACCCUACCUGUAGAUGAAGGUCUGAUUGACAGAACUGAAGGGAUGUGCUUAAAGGCAAUCUGUUAUUGCAGCAAGACACCUCCUUUCAAACACUGUCACCCCACUACUGGCUUUAUAUUGUAAUUGGACUGAACACAUUUUUGUUACUCUUAAAUUGACUGCUUUUUGUUACAAAGACUGACACUAUGUGACAGGAGAAAAAAACGUAUUUUGAGGCUUUAAAAGUUUUGUUUACGCUGGUAACGUUUGUAGACACUGAAGAAAAGGUAAACCUGUAUUUUUGAGUUGUGGUGGGCUAUGAAAGUUGCAAAAGUGUAUUUUCCAUGUAAAACUCAAACUCUUUAAGACAAUAUGUGAAAAAUAAAAUUUAUAUGUCCAAAAAAAUUCUGUAUUGAGGCUCUAAAGGCCUCUGUGUUUCCUUGUCCUCAAAUGGAACUAUUAAAAACAAAGGCAUCACGUGUGAUAGCAUAAUUAAUGGAAGAACGGUGCCAUCCGUAGUCGCUCCACAGCAAUUACAGGAAGGGAAGUCUGUGAAGGCAGAAACUGUUGUACACUAACUGUAGCGGUGAUGUCUUGCUUGACGAUGUAGUGAUCUAUUAUAAAUGUGUGGAAUUGUGUUAGUUUAGGGGUACCACAGUUCGUUUGUCGUGGUGGAUUACUAUCAUUCAGUCAUUCCCAGUAAUACAGAGUGGCUCCCAUAACUAGGCUGAUGAUGGAUAUGUGUAUUUUAGGCAGCUGGACCAGAAGCUUUCACUUAAUAUAUAACAAAGUAUUGUUUAAAAACUGACUGGACCUAAAACAGCCAUCCCCAAACUACCACACCACCAGAAUUACCCUGUGGACAUCAUAAAGUCACUGUUUCCUGACCACCAGAGUGCCUCAUACGUAUAAAUUAAAGCACAUGUUGAUCUGACCAUUUUCAGUUGCCACACUAAAAUCAAAUGGCACUUGAGUCAUUUAAAAAAAAAAAAAAAAAACUUCAUCUAGCUUUUAUCAGGAGAGUUUCUCCAUUAAUUCAAAUUCUCACAUAGUUGCAGUCAGGUAUUGGGAAGCUGAACCAGCCUUAUUUCCUCAGUCUCCAGGUAAAUCUGGACACCUUUCAUCAUCACUGACUGUUGGGUCUUCCAUGCUAGCCUGCCAUCACAGCAGUGCCAGUUGAGAUUUCCCUCAAAUGGCACUAACUGACUCAUUUUUAGUAUUUGUAGUCCAUUUGUAAAAUCCUUGAUAAACUUUCCUCCAGAGUUCAGUGAGUUUCUUUUUUUGGUCUUUGCCGACUGAAAUUAUGGGGUGCUAGUCACCAUUGAAGGUUUGGGUGUGACAGAUUUGUUGUGAUAUAAAUGCCCUUUCUUUCCUCUUGGGUGUUGUGCCUUAUUUAAUCUGUAUCUACUGUAGUUGUCUGUGAGAGAAAGUGGUGUUUUUAUUCAGUGAAAAGGUUGAACAU